UAUAGUGAAGGAAGAAAUAUUAUAUAAGAGCAGAGCAACGACAUACAAAUUUAGUGUCUGCUGGAGAUUUGAUGGAAAUACAACCAUGUCGAUCAACGGUUUAUUCGCGGUCUUUAUAGUUAUAUACGUAGUAAGUGGAUUUGCCGUGCCAAUUGAAGACAGUUUAAACAAUAUUGAUGCAGUAUGGAUAAGUAAUGGGAUACAUACACAAAAUAAACAAAAUAAUGAUCUCCUUAGUGUUCUGAGUGGAUUGGACCAGGCUGUUGAUCCCUGUGAAGAUGCUUAUUCUUACGCUUGUAAAAAUGGGGGAAAAUUUUGGACACAAGAAUACGUGCAAAAAAUUUAUCCAGAAGUUCGCAAUUCCUUGAUAAAAAUAUUAAGUCAGAAGCCAACUAAAAAAGAAGUACAUUCGUUAUCUAUAGAAAAACAAUUAUUCCAACAGUGUAUGAAUUUGGGUGCUAACGAAACUUCCGAAGCCAAGGACGAAAAGGAAGUUUUGAUAGCAAGACUUUUCCAACAUGUAUUUCGUCCAAAUGCAAAUUGGAAAAACAUUGAUGAAGCAUUGAAUAUAAUAGGUUUUGGACAUCCUUUCUUUGAUAUUAACGUAGAACGAGAUCCAGAAAAUCCAUCUCAUAAUAUUGUUUCACUGAGACCUCCAUCACAUGCUCAGAUCAAACACAUCAAACACUUGACCAAUAAGGCAUUUGAAACAAGCGAGCAGAGUAACUUAAUUACUAACAUUGUUGAUAGCAUAUCUACUGAAAGUAAAAAUACGAUUCUUAACUUUUUGAGCAUAUUGCACCCGUUGGUAUUCUUUACAACCACGCAAACUGGAGAUGCUGAAAAAAUCAAACUCAAUAAUCUUAAUUCCAUUGGAAGCUAUGACGAAUUUGCUAUUAAUUUACGUCAAAAAAUCGAAUCAGACCCUGUGUCAGACCAUUUUCCUGAAUUCAAGGAUUUCUUAAAAAGUCAAGAAAGCAAUGACGAAAGCAAUAACAGUGUGGAUCUGAUAGGCACGGUAAAACAACAUUUUGCUGAAAUCACAAACAUUAAUGAUAACGAAGUUAUUCUUGUAAAGCAUACGUCAUAUUUUGUGCUUUUAAAUAAACUUCUGAAUGCAUUUUCGAAUCAUGCGAUCGCUGAGGUAAUAAAGUUCAAGGUUCUUAUUGAAAAUUUGAGGUACAUCGAAUGGAAAAGCGCAAACUCUCUGGAACACAUUAAACGAUCCAUAUUUUGCUUCGGCGAUACGAAACUCUAUGGAGCUUCAUUCAAAUUGAAUCGAGAUUUAAGAAAGGAUACGCAUAAGGAGGGUCAAUACUACGAACUGGUUCAAGAUAUGCUUCACGAAAUAGUCGAUGUCAUCAAUACUGAAAUCAGCAAUUCUAAAAUUAUAUCUUCAGCAGAAAAAGCGUAUUUUGUGUCAGAAAUGAAACUAAUUACUGCUAAUGCCUUGCAUCAAAACAGAGAAUACGUUUCGGAGUACUAUAGAUAUAAUGGACAAGAUUUUGAAUUUGGCAGUAGUUACUUCAGUAAUAUAAUAAGGUACAGGAAGCUGCUCCAAAGAAUCGAAAUGAGUAAAUUGAAGGAUACUUCCAAGAACCCAAGGCCAGAGCCCUACAGUAUUACUGACUUGGACAGACCUAGCAAUCGGUUUGUUUUUAGCCUUUUUGUCAACAGUCACUAUUCUCCUCUUUCGCCCGAGUUGCCAAAGGAGAUCCAUUACUCUGUGUACGGUGUUAAGAUCGCCUCAUUUCUGUUUGGUCUGUUCAAUGAGCAAAAGCGAGUAGAUGCUCUCCAAGCACGCCACCGUGACGAUUGGAGCGCUCAUCCCACGUACUCGAAGGCAGCGAUCGAUUGUUUCACGUCAAGCUUGGAGCCGUACGAUAAGGAACUGCCCAAAGAAACUCUCACGGAAUUAUUUGGCCUACGUAUUGCGUACAAGGCGAUGCUGAAUGAUUAUCUGAACGAAGGCUCCCGAAAAUACUUCGUACCCGAACUGGCACGCGAAGGCGUAACGGCUGAUAAGAUGUUCUUCGUAUCUUACGCGAGAUACCACUGCUACUACGGUAAAAGGGUGAUGAACACGAUUUUGUCAAACGUGGACGCCUUCAGUUUCGCGAACAACUGCUACGAGAAAACCGCCAACGACCUCCCGAAGUGCCAUCUCAAAGGUUUCGAGAUUCAAGAGAACAAUCUUCUGAGCAGAGCGUAGCAAUCGCCACGGUUAACUUCUAGUCAGUAGAGAGCGUGUCGUAUAUUUUUUUAAUGUAAAAUGUGAAUCAUGUGUAUCGUCUAACGAAUACAAAGCUUGUGAAUUUUGAAAUAAAGCUAUCCUCCUCUCUUAAAACAA